CUUGCGGCCAUUUUUAUUGGAAGCCUAGAAGAGGAAGCUAUUAAAACCGCCUUUAGACUCACAGGGCCUCGCGCAGGAAGCUUAUAGAGCAGGCCUGCCGCGAAUUAUCCAGUGAAGAGAGCUUUAUUUAUCUUCACUAUAGCAAUCAAAAACCCUAGAAAUCAGAGAGAUCAUGGACAUGCAGAAUGAAUUUGAUAGGAUACUCUUCUUCGAGCAUGCUCGCAAAACAGCCGAGGCUACCUACGUUAAGGACCCUCUCGAUGCCGAGAAUCUAACGAGGUGGGGAGGUGCUCUGCUGGAGUUGGCUCAAUUUCAGACUGUUACAGAUUCCAAAAAAAUGAUACUAGAUGGCAUUUCAAAGCUGGAGGAAGCAUUGUUGGUUCAGCCAAAGAAACAUGAUACUCUUUGGUGCCUAGGAAAUGCUCAUACUUCUUUUGCAUUUUUAUCGCCUGAUCAAGAUGAGGCUAAGGAGUCUUUUGAAAAAGCAACUGUCUUCUUUCAGCAAGCUGUUGAUGAGGACCCGGAGAAUGAAAUAUAUCGCAGGUCCCUAGAAGUGGCUGCUAAGGCUCCAGAAUUACACAUGGAGAUUCACAAGCACGGUUUAGCUCAACAGGCGAUGGGGGCUGCACCUGCUUCUGGACCUUCUACUUCAUCAAGUGCUAAGAGUUCAAAGAAGAAGAAAAGCAGUGAUCUCAAGUAUGACAUAUAUGGAUGGAUAAUUCUAGCUGUUGGCAUUGUUGCUUGGAUUGGAUUUGCAAAAUCUCAAAUGCUUCCCCCUCCACCGCCACCUCCACCUCCAAGAUAAGCAAACAAAGUGGUUCUUUUUUCGGAAGUGUCCAUGGAAUUUUGAGAUGGUCUAUGAACAUUUGAGAAACACAUGGUCUCUCAUCGAUAGUUGAUUUCUGAAUUUAGUAAUGUUUUCUCAGUGUAAACUGAUAAAUAAAGCUUUAGUGAUUAUCUUUAAUAUGAAAUAUUGAUUUUUGCCUUGUCA